AUGAAUACGGCACUCAAGUUCGUCACCCCGGGCCACCCCACCGAGAUCCACGUCCCCUUCACCGAAGGAUGCCUCUACUUCCGCCGGCGGCCCAGCCUGCUCAACUUCCCGCGCGAGAUCCGCGAUCUCAUCUACCACUUCACCCUCGUCGAACCCCCGCGGUGGACCAAGCACCACAACGCCCUGUGCCGCUACGCCGUCGUCGACACCGCCACCAACGUCUUCCACUUCUGGACCGGGUUCGAAUUCCUGCGCGACGUCCGGGAGAACCUGCGCGACGAGUACAAGGCGCUCAUCCAGCACGUCGUCAUCAUGCACCACACCAUGCACGAUUUCCCGGACCCUGGUCCCUUUGACAACGUGGACCAGUGCGCCGUGUGGGAACUCGUGCUCACCUGUUCCGGCCUCCGCUCGCUCGAGGUCCCGGACGACAUGUGCAACGCCGCGUCCGACUACCCCGAGUACGCCGCCAAGCUGGCCGUGCACUUACCCCAUCUGGAACGGUUCGCCAUCAAUAUCCUGAUGCUGCGCACCUACGACCCGGCCACCUGCCCCGUGGCCGGAAACCUCCCAAGGACCUGCACAUCAUGA